AUGUCUGCAAAUAUUAUUGGCGAAAGACUGGUAGCACCUGUUCCACAAGCAUUAGGUGCUCGAGAAUUUAUGAUAGAAAGACUUAUUCUCAGAGAUAAUACACGUGAACUAUUACGACAAACUGGUCGAGAAGAAGAAAUUGAAAAUGAUUUACUUGAAUUAACUGAAUGUGAAUGUGGAAUGAAUGUUUACGAUCCAAUGAAAUGUAAAUGUCGAGCUUGUGAAGGACAUUUUCUCCUGGCACAAUUUUUUUAUGAUACAGAACAAUAUGAUAAAGCAUGGAGAUGGUAUUCAAAAAUUCAAAAUGUCGAUCUACGAGCUUUGUAUCAACUUGCUGUAAUGUGUUUUGAAGGAUUAGCACCAAAAGAUUUUACUGCGGAAAAUGCUUAUCAAAUGAUGCUUCAAAUAACAUUAAAAGAAAAAGAUCCACAUAAUUUUGUAAUACCUUAUGCAGAAUUUCAUUUAGGUAAAGCUUUUUUUCAAGGUUAUGGUGUACAACAAUCCGAUGAAAAAGCUGAAAAUUGGUGGCUAUUAGCAGCUCGUGAUGAUAUACAUAAACCAGUAGUAGAAGCUCAAACAGCUCUUGCGUUUUUUUAUUCACGAAAAAAUACAGAUUUUUAUAAUUUAAACAAAGCUGUAUAUUGGCAUCAUCAAGCAGCAAGAAAUGGAUCUCUUGAAAGUCUUGGAGCUAUAGGUGCAAUGCAUUUAUUUGGUAUUGGUACAAAUAAAGAUAUUAAUCAAGCUAUUGAUCGUUUACGACAAGCAUCCGAACGAGGCAAUAUUUAUGCUAUGGGUCUUCUUGUUUAUGCUUAUUAUACAAGAAAAUUAUUUACAAAAGCAACAGAUUUAGCAAAAAGAGUAUCUGUUUUGGAUAAUAUUGAUGAAUUAUCACGAGCAUCAUAUUGUUUACCACAAUAUAUUCAAAAAGGUAUUGCUAUAUCAACAUUUAUUCUUGGUCGAUGUUAUGAACUUGGUCAUGGAAUUAAAAAAGAUCCUAAUCAAGCUAUAAUAAUGUAUAAAAAGAGUUUUCAAUAUGAUGCUGAUUCAUGUCAAUUAUUACAAGAUUAUUUAACACAUGAAAAGAUUUAA